AUGAGUUGGAUGGAUAGUUGGAGUCGCCCCUCCAAAUCUCAAGCGACACCAGCACCUUUCUAUUUACUUCCCGGAGGUGAAGACACGCCAUACUGCCACUCGUGUGGCAGAGUCAUCAGCACGAGACGUAAAACAGCGACGGCGAAUACCAGUACUCCUGCCAAAUACUGCUCAAGCAGAUGUCGGACACAGAAACCUGGGAAGCUGGAUCGUGAGCUUGAGAAGGCAUUUGUCACGCUUUUAAUUGCAGAAGAAGGUCACCCUGUUGAAGCAAAGAAGCAGGCAAAAGGAGGAGGCUCUGGAAAGCAUAAGAAAGGGAAGAAUAGCAAGGGCGAUAAUCGCAUCUUGGUACACUGCAGCGCGGCGGAGGAGCUUGUUUUUGGGCCAAACCGCACAUCAAUGGAAGAAGGCGAACCGAAUGAAGACAGCCACGACGAGGAUGAAACAAAUCAAGUACUAGAACCUACCCAAGGUCCAUCUGAGCCACGAUCAUCCGAAGAGGAUUUGGACAUUACAGGCGACCUCAAAAUAGACAACAGCGUCGACGGCGACGUCCUCGCCCGCAUGUCCGUCCGCAGCGGCACCCGUAUCCGCCCACCGCAGUCCGUCUCUGAAGUAAACGGCAGUGUAGGCGGCGAGAAAGGUCGAGCAGAGAGAGUUCACGAAACAGACGCGAUGCUCGAGAAGCGCAGGCAGGGACAGAAACGAGCCAAGGAGCGCGAGAUGACAAAAUGUGCUGCUCGAAGGGGAGUUGUCUUCGGGUUUUCCGUGGGUGAGGAUGGCGAGAAGCGUCUUUGCGAGGCCGUUAUGUCAGGAAAGGUCGUGGAGCCGAGCUUUGCAAAGGGGGAUUGGGCGAUAAGAUGGAGAGAGUAA